UUCUCUAAUAAGUUACGACAUAAGAAAAGAUGAAGGGACCAAACUACGCCACUUCGGUCUUACAGUCAACUUUCGUGUUCUUCGUCUUUAUCUUAUCCGUUUCGAUUGUAUAUGCUCAAUCCUUACCACCUGCUAAAUCUGAUGGAUUCGUCUAUGGAAAACACCGAGUCGACUGGGAUGCGAUUCAAAUUGAAGCGUUUGUCGACCCUGUUUGCCCAGAUAGCAGAGAUGCCUGGCCAGCCCUCAAACAAGUUCUAGACCGCUAUGGCGACCGUGUUUGGCUUCUCGUUCACCUGCUACCCUUGCCUUAUCAUGAUAAUGCUUUUGUGUCUUCACGUGCUUUACACAUAGUUAAUGACAUAAGUAGUCAUUCUACAUUCAAAUUGUUGGAGUGGUUCUUCAAGUAUCAGGAAAAUUUUUACAAUGCUCAAACUCGCAACUUGACAAGAAUAGAGGUUGUGAAUGAGAUUGUGGAAUCUGCAACACAACUACUUGGGAGCUCUUAUCUUGGUACUCUUGAAUCGGGAUUCAAUGAUCGGAAAACUGACCUUAAAACAAGGGUUUCCUUCAAGUAUAGUGGUACAAGAGGGGUGUAUGGGACACCUACUUUCUUCAUCAAUGGAUUUCAAUUACCUGAUGCUGGCUCCCCAUUAGACUUCAAUGGAUGGAAAACUAUCAUUGAUCCACUAAUUGGGAAUAAGACCACCAAGAACAACGAAAAUAUGCACUAUUUCUAAUGAAAAACUUGGCCAUGAAGCCUUUGAAAGAAUAAACUCUAUGCCAAAAAACCGUGGCCCAAUGUGUAUGUUUUGUAUUUGAUACUGUGACACUGUAGUUGAAGAUUUACAAGAAGAAGAAUGGGGUCUUAGUUGUUUA